AUGUCAAAAUCCAGGGUGGCUCCCAUGCGCACAACUACCAUUCCAAGACUUGAGCUGUGCGGUGCCCUUCUUCUGUCAGAACUCAUCGUUGAAAUUCAAGCAGAACUGUCAACCAUGAACAUCAAAUUUGAUUCAUCGGACAUAGUGUUAUGGACUGAUUCCUCAGUAGUACUUGGAUGGAUUCAAUCAGUUGUCCAACUCAAGUCGUUUGUAGCCAAUCGGAUAACACAAAUUUUGGAGAAUACUGAAGCCAAAAUGUGGCGUCAUGUUCCUACUUCUAAUAAUCCAGCGGAUUUGAUAACUAGGGGAACCAACGUAGAUACAUUGGCUGAUCCUAAUCAUAUCUGGUGGAAUGGGCCAAGUUGGUUAGUUAACACAGAGGAUUCAUGGCCUGCUGAAAUACCUCUUCAAGAAGACCUUCCAGAGGUACGUCCAAUUAAGUUAGCACUUUUGGCUACACAUGGUGAUACAAAUUGGAUUAUUGACCGUUGUUCCAACUGGCUGAAGUUAAUGCGCGUAACUGGGUAUGUGUUACGAUUUGUGUUUAACUGUAAAAUACCUAAGCUUAAAAAAGAUGAUCGUCAGCUUGGCUCAUUAAGUGUUGCUGAACUAGAUGUGAGCCAGAUUUUUUGGUUACUUCGAUCUCAAAUACAAGACUUUAGCUCGGAAAUAAGCUCACUGACACGUGGAAAGAAUGUUGAUCGUCGAAGUUGUCUGAAAUCUCUAAAUCAGUUUCUUGAUGAUCACAAGGUAAUAAAAGUGGGAGGCAGAUUAGCUUACCCUCCAAUACCUGAAAAUCAAAAGUGUCCAAUCGUUCUGUCUUCAAGGAAUCCAAUUGUUAAAAUGCUAUUUCAAUAUGAACAUAUUCGAUUACUUCACAUCGGUCCUCAAGGACUCCUGGCUCACAUCCAUAGGACAUACUGGCCUAUCAGAGACAGAAGUUUAGCUCGUCUAACUGUCCAUAAAUGCAUAGUUUGUGUUCGAUCCAAACUUCUGAUGCUCCAACCUGUCAUGGCUCCCUUGCCUUCAGUUCGUGUUACCAGAUGUCGGGCAUUUGAAAAUGCUGGUGUUGACCUGUGUGGUAACAUCAACAUUCGUAGCGGUUUAAGAAAGGUCACACCAUUGAAGCAUUACAUUGCAGUUUUUGUAUGCAUGGUUACGCGUGCAAUUUAUUUGGAGCUUGUUCGAGAUUUGUCUUCAGAUGAGUUUAUUUCAGUAUUAUUCCGAUUUAUUGCACGCCGAUGUGAAUGUGUAAAUUUAUAUAGUGACAAUGCCACUAACUUCAUAGGCGCCAAAAAGAUACUUUCAUCGUGGGCAUUUGAUUUAUCUAAAGAAAGUAAAUUCAAUGAUCGACUAACAGAUUUGGGCAUUGAAUGGCAAUUUAUUCCUCCGUCAGCCCCACAUUUUGGCGGACUAAUUGAAGCGGUCCUCAAUUCUAGACCUCUCACUGCAAUUUCAUCUGAUCCAUCUGACUUUAACGCUUUGACACCAGGGCACUUCCUAAUUGGAUGUCCAUUGACUUCUCCACCUGAGCCCAAUGUGUUGGAUAUUCCUAAAAAUCGGCUCCGUAAAUUCCAAUUAAUACAAUCUCGUUUGCAACAUUUUUGGAAAAGAUGGUCUUCAGAAUAUCUACCACAGUUGCAGCGCCGAGAUCGUUGGAUUUCAAAUAAGUCUGAAAAUAUAUCAAUUGGUGAUUUGGCAAUACUGAAACAGGAUAACAUCCCACCACUUCAAUGGCAGAUGGUUCGAGUUAUCAAAGUUAGUCCUGGUGCCGAGGGUGUUGUUAGAGUAGUUACAGUUCGGAACGCAACUGGUGCAGAGUAUAUUCGACCUGCACGGAAGUUGGCUCGCCUACCCAAUCAAGAUCGAGAAGAUGCAGAAGAUUAG